GACGUCACGGCGGACUCGGCGCUCUCCGGACUGCAGCGCUUUUUCCCCUGCUGAGUUCAUCUAACGGAAAGGUGGAUCACUAUACCAGUCGCGUCUCACGCGCGUCUAUUUUCAUGGAUGAGCAUAAUACAACACAACUCUGGACUUUACGACGCAAAACCUUCUGCCAGUCCUUGAUACCUCUUUUGCUUCUUUUUUUUUUUUUCUUCAAAUUUUGUUUUCUUCAUUUUGAAAAAGAAACGGACUGCAACUGAUCUUACCGGGACAAACUUGUGGAGCUAGUCACCAAAUCAAACGGAUCAUUUUCUGGAAGUGUUCCAGCUAAGUAUAACCUUCAAGAUGGAUGGACAGUGUUACUACAAUGAAAGCAUUGCCUUCUUUUACAACGAAAGUGGGAAGUACCUGGCCACAGAGUGGAAUACUGUCAGCAGACUGGUAAUGGGACUUGGACUUACAGUAUGUAUCUUUAUCAUGCUUGCUAACCUCCUGGUGAUGGUGGCCAUUUACAUCAACCGCAGAUUUCAUUUCCCCAUCUAUUAUCUCAUGGCUAACCUAGCAGCAGCAGACUUUUUCGCUGGACUGGCUUAUUUCUAUUUGAUGUUUAACACGGGGCCCAACACACGCCGGCUAACUGUCAGCACGUGGUUACUACGCCAAGGCCUCAUUGACACUAGCCUGACGGCUUCUGUGGCCAACUUGCUAGCCAUCGCCAUAGAGCGCCACAUCACAGUCUUCCGAAUGCAGCUUCACACUCGCAUGAGUAACCGUCGUGUGGUUGUGGUCAUCGUGAUCAUCUGGACUAUGUCGAUUGUCAUGGGUGCCAUCCCUAGUGUGGGUUGGAACUGUAUCUGUGCCAUCAAAACCUGCUCCAACAUGGCACCACUCUACAGCAACUCGUACCUCGUCUUCUGGGCCAUCUUCAACCUGGUGACCUUUGUUGUCAUGGUGGUGCUUUAUGCCCACAUAUUCAUGUAUGUCCGCCAGCGCACCAUGAGAAUGUCACGCCACAGCUCAGGUCAGCGGCGCAACAGGGACACCAUGAUGAGCUUGCUGAAGACAGUGGUGAUUGUCCUUGGUGCUUUUAUCGUGUGCUGGACGCCUGGUUUAGUUCUCCUGUUGCUUGACGUUUUCUGUGAAGAAUGCAACGUGCUGGCUUUCGAGAAGUUCUUCCUCCUCUUAGCCGAGUUUAACUCGGCCAUGAACCCAAUCAUCUACUCCUACCGGGACAAGGAGAUGAGCGUUACAUUCAAGCAGAUCCUGUGCUGCCAGCGGCAGGAGAACAUAAACGGUACGGUGGAGGGUUCAGACCGCUCAGCUUCCUCAUUCAACCACAGUGUCCUGUCUCCACACAAUAAUGACCACUCAGUGGUCUGAACACAGCAGAGGAAUGCAGCUGGCACUAUAGGGAUCUAUAUGGGAUCAAACCCAGGACUGGAAAAAGCUCCUUGCCAGGUGGCAGAGCUACACAGGAGGCAUUGCAUUAAAAAAAAAAAAAAAAACUAUUUUGGAGGUUUUUUUUUUUUUUUUAAUGUGUUCUAUUUUUGGUGAAACUAUAUUAAGUAUUUAAUGACUGAUUUACAGUGCAAGGGGUUCGGGCAGUAUAAUGAUGAUCGUUAGGUCAAUUAUUCAAGAAUUUAGAUUUUUCUACUACCCAGUAAGUCAUGGGUGUCCCCAGUAUUAACAAAAAUCCUAUUAACCUUUUAGCUUAGGCUUUUGCACUACAGAGGUAAGCAGUGCACUCUUGAGACCACUGAUUAAUGGCACAAUUUUGUCGCCAGCUAAUCUAAAGAAGAUGUGCAUCUCAUUAGGCCUGUGGCAUCACCUACUUAUCACUACACUUGUAUACAGAGUACAAGGAUAUAUGCUAAGGGUAUCUAGAAUAGAAUAAAAAAACAAAACAAUGAUAUUAAACAAUUUCAACGUGUGCCGAGGAGAAUUCCUUAAAUAACUUGAAUUGCCUACUUGGCAUGAUGGAUUGUUCUUAGGUCUUCUGCCAGAACGGUAACAGACAUGAUCAUUUUUCAUUUGAGGACCAUGUCACUAUAUUCCAGUUCUGAUUUGGGUAGCUCUUCAUGUUUUGUUUGGUUUUGUUUUGUUUGGUUUUGUUUUAAUGUGUUUUUUUUAUUAUUUUUUUUUUAUUAUUUUUUUUUAACAACGACCACUUACAUAUAUGAGCCAUUUCUUUUCAGGGAAUCCAAUUCAUGGACUGUCACCACAUUCUAAAGUCACAAGUGCCCUUAAAAAAAGUAAGAGUAUUUGGGAUUUCUUGAUUUCUUUUGAAGACUUUCAGGUUUGAUAAAUGGCUGUCACUUUGCUAACAAAUGUAACACACACACACACACUCAAACUUGUCUUGGUAUAAACCGUCAGAGAAGCAGAGUAGAUCUGACUUCCCGAGAACCUUGUUCAUGGUCCUGUGUUUGAUAUUGUUUAUGUCCAGUAGCCAGGACCUAAUUUAUUUUUUCUUGUGCCACAGUAAUAAGUACAAUGAAAUGUAUCUUAUGACAUGACAUUAGAGAAAUUAAAUGAUCAGUGUAUGUUGGUCUGUAUGUACAGUAUGUAUAUAAUAUAUGUAUAUAUUCAAUGUUAGUCAAAAAGGGAAUCUUUAUUUUGAAGGAUUAAGUGACCUUUUCUUUUUGCUCUCAGUUGUAUCCUGCAUAACACUUAAAUUAUUUUUAAAUGUUUAACUUGGGGGCAAACAUAUUUAGUACUUCCCAUUAAUUAAUCGGAAAUUUGAGGUGAAGACCUGUUUGGCAGUGGAUGGAAACAUCAUUACUGUAAAUGAGUUUAAAUACAGUGGAUACUAACAUUGCUAAUAAAUGUAACAGGAAAUAGUCGUACAAUGCAAAAUCCCACUAAGAUUUUACAGCUAUAAUAUGUUAUUCCACCUGGAUAAGGCAUGCUGUUCACUUGGAAUAUAGCCUAGGAAAAAGUCAUUACAUCUAAUUAGGCCAUAAUGCUGUUUGACCUAAACCUCAGUCAUGGAUUGUUGGUUUAUUUCCUUCCAUCUUUAUGAUUUAACUAAAAACAUACAGUUUCUUUUAUGUUUAUUUCAUAUGAUUUUAAUCUCACCCAAAAUAUUUGAUGUUUUUUUUUCCUCCCAUGCUCAUGCCUAAAUUCUGUAUGGUAUGAGUCACCUAAACUCACUAUAAUUAAAUCUGCCAGUCUUCUUAAAAUAAACUUGUAUGAUAUCAGGA